CCUCGGCUCUACGCCCCGGGCAAACGCAGGAUGUCCCUGGGAAGCUCCGAGUGGGGCGGGCCGGGUGUCUGGCGCCGAGCGCGCUGGAGGAGGCUCUGGGGGCGGGCCCGCCGGCGGGGCUGCCCUCUCCGCAGUGACGUCCCCGGGGGCGGAGGGGCGACAGGCUGGCUCCUCGCCCUCCCCGCCUCCUCCGGGUGCCGGGUCCGUCGGUGCUGGGGAGAUGCUGCAGCCGCCCGCCGUUGGCAUUGCGGAGCGCGCCGCUGCGGGUCUGCCCGCUCCACCGCCGUAGCGCCCCGGGGUCCGAAGGCGCACCCGAGCCGGGCCAUGCCGCGGGGAGCGGCGCCGCGGGCCGUGCUGCUGGCCGUGCUGCUGGCGGGGCUCCUGGGGGCGACGGGUCGCCUGCUCAGCGGUCAGCCAGUCUGCCGGUUAGGAACCCAGAAGCCUUGUUAUGAAGUCAUUUACUUCCGUGAUGCUUCUCAAAGACUGAACUUUGAGGAAGCCAGAGCAGCCUGCAGGAGGAAUGGGGGCCAGCUAGUCAGCAUUGAGUCUGAAGAUGAACAGAGACUGAUAGAAAAGUUCAUUGAAAACCUCCUGGCUUCUGAUGGCGAUUUCUGGAUUGGACUCAGGAGGCGUGAGGACAAACAAAGCAAUGGCACAGCCUGCCAGGACCUUUAUGCCUGGAUCGAUGGAAGCAGAGCAGCAUUUAGGAACUGGUAUGUGGAUGAGCCUUCCUGUGGCAGCGAGGUCUGCGUGGUCAUGUACCAUCAGCCGUCGGCCCCCGCCGGCAUCGGGGGCCCUUACAUGUUCCAGUGGAAUGACGACCGAUGUACCAUGAAGAACAAUUUCAUCUGCAAAUAUUCUGAUGAGAAACCAACAGUUCCUUCUACAAGGACUGGAGGUGAAGAGACAGAGCCAGCAACACCCGUACUUCCAGAAGACACAGAGAAAGAAGAUGCCACAGAAACGCUGAAAGAAAGCAAAGAAGCUGCCUUGAAUCUUGCCUACAUCCUAAUCCCCAGCAUUCUCCUUCUCCUCCUUGUGGUCACCACAGGUGUAUGUUGGGUUUGGAUCUGUAGAAGGAGGAAACGGGGGCAGCCGGACCCCAGCACUAAGGAGCAGCGCCCCACCUGGCCGGCUUCUCAGCCCGGGAUCAGCCCGGACCUGGAGGUUUACAACGUCAUACGAAAGCAGAGCGAAGCUGAUCUGGCCGAGACCCGCCCGGACCUAAAGAACAUCUCGUUCCGGGCGCGCUCGGGAGAGGCCACGCCCGACGCCGUGUCCUGUGACUAUGAAAACGUGGCCGUGAACCCGUCUGAAAGCGGGUUCGUGACGCUGGGGAGCUUGGAGAGUGGCUUCAUCACCAACGACGUUUACGAGUUCUCCCCGGGCCGAGCGGGGAGGAGCAAGGAGUCCGGAUGGGUGGAAAAUGAAAUAUAUGGUUAUUAGGAGGCUCGAAGGAACCCUGAACUGACAAGAAUGGGAGGGGAGAGAGAAGCAAUUUUCCUAUAAGGGAAACACUCGGAAGGUCUCUGAAAGGGCUCGGAUCACAUCCUGGGGGUGAGCAUGAGACGGUUUGAGCCCCCACUGGAGCCCUGGUUUGGGCUGUGUCACUUAACCCAGCCGCUCGCAGGGCUGGAACCUCUAAGAAGCACCGUGCCCAGGGGCGGGCACGUGGUAGAAAAUAAAUACCUGAUUGUUAUAACUGA